AUGCAUGAGCAGCUGGAUACCAGCAACGGCCGGCUGCCAUGUGAGUGCCAGGACAGGGCGCAGUAUGACUUUUACACUUGUCCCCACGGCUCGGUCGAAGAGGCUGUGCCCCAUUCAUCGGAGCUGAAAAUUUCCAUUGAAGAGAGAAGCGAAGGCCUGCGAGUCUCCGUUGCCGGCUUGAAGCCACUGAGCCUGAUGCCACCAAGAAGGCCAGUUCCCGUUCUGGGAGGUGUGGUGUCCGGAUCUUGCAUGGCAGCUCUUGGGGUUGUGCUCAACAUGCAGCGGGUGGGAAGAAGCAUGCCAGAGCUUCGAGGUCCAGUGCUCGAGAUCGGGGCUGGGCGAGGGCUUCUAGGCUUCGCCGCAGCAGCCGCUCUCGGAUGCUCUGGGAUGGUCACAGACUUGGAGGAGGACGUGUGUGAAGCUUUGGGGAGGAGUCUCCGCGCCACUGCCGAGCUGGGAAGUUGCUUGGAUGUCCACGCAGAGGUCUUGGACUGGGAUGAUGGCCUGGAAGAGGCCACCUCGCGCUUGGCAGACCCCGAUCCGGGCCUUCUUCUGGGAGCUGAUUUGUUGUGGGCAGAUGAUGCAGUCGAGUCCUUGUUCGAGGCCGUCGAGAAAGCGGUGGCAGACGGAUGGACUUUCGUCUACGGUGCUUCGGACCGCCCCUCCAAUGACCUGCUGGCACGGCAACUUGCAGAGAUGAAAGGCACAAGCUUGGAAAGUUUCAGCUAUCGCGUGGAGAAGGUAUGCCGUGAGUGCCACGGCUGGCAGACUGCCGAAGACUGCAGAGUCUUUGUCUGGCGAAACGCGGCAGGACAAAAAAGCCAACGGCUUGGACCGAUGCCCAUCUCCAUUCAAGGUCCUCGCCAAAGAGCUAGCUAG